GCCUCCCUCUCCUGCGCCUCUCUCCUCUCCUCUCUCUUACUCUCUCUCUUUCUCACUCUCUCUCUCUCCUCUCUCUCACACCGUGCUCUCGUCUCGUCAAGAGCGUCCUGUCCUGAGCUGGCUGUUCUCUCUUCCCUCUAUAUCCCCUCUUCUCAGAUACUCGUGCCCUCUUUCUCUCUCCUGGGUUCGUAUCGUAUCGUCACGUCAGAUGAACGACUAGUCCGAGGAGGAAGAAAGUCCUUUCCUUCCAGUGGAUUACAUGAAAAUUCUCUGCGUCUGCCUUCCCCUCGACGGAGAUGUGUGAGUUGUCGUUGUCUGAGGUUUGUCUAAUUUAUUCCUCGCCGUUCGCUCCUUUCGUUCUAGUUGUUGAUUUUCCCUGGUCAUUGACGGUCCUGUCUUCUCCCUCGUUAUCUAUUACGAGCAAUCUCUCAAAUUUCCCUUGAGAGUCUCCUCCGUGCAAGUCCAGGGAGCUUUGAUCUCUCGCCCUCCCUCUCAUACUUUCGCCGACAGAAAAAGUUGACGAAGCUCUCAUAUAGCUCUCAUCUCUCUCUCGCUCUCUCCCUCGAAUAGCCUACUACGUGCGUACCUGGUUGAGGAUAUCUUAUAUAUAUAUCUCUCGUCUGGUGCUUGAAUAUAGCUCUGAUUCCGUCGUCGGCCCGAGCCUAUAUGUGCGCAAUAGCCAUUCAUCCCACCUAUUAUCUGCUCCUCUGCAGCCAACCGGCCAAUCCGAUCGGUCCGACAGCUCAAAUCUCAUAGCUCCUCGAUUCCCUAACCCUCCUCGAUCGUCGCCGUGGUCGUCGUCCCAGUCGCGUAUCGCAAUGGAAUACCAACCUUACGGCCUGCAAGAGAUCGUUGUGGAUGCGCCCUACUUCGAAGAGAGGGGAUUUGGGUCAUUUGGGCACCUGGGCGGUGAGAGUAAUCAUCUGCACUUGCCUAUGGCCAUCUCUCAGUGGUCGACGACCGAUCCUGCCAUAUUCCAAGUAAAUGACCAAGCAGCAUGGAACUCCAAUAGAGUGAGGACGCACUUCCAGCCCACAGGCACCGCCGGGGGACUUUACGAUAUGUGCGUUCAGUCGUCAACGUCGUCGCAACAUGUAGUAAAUGUUGCUCAGAGCAACAAUUGCCAACAGCUCAUUUCCAUGGACACGCAGCAGGUGCAGCCGCAUGCGACCGGCCCCGUCAACAGCUCGGGGGACCCGAACUUUCCAGUCGGCGGGGAUAUUUUGCCGCUGAUGCAUCAAAUGCUCUUCAAUCACUUCAUGAUACAAGACCACCGCUGCACCGGCGAUCAAAUGCCACAACUGAUCAGCGACUUUUCAGCUCAGCAGCCGUGCUUGUAUUCUUCGUCUAGUGAAUGCCUGCAUGAUGCAGACUCGUCCGGCAGUUCUGGAGCCCGAGAUUACGCGUUCCCGAGCUCGGCCAUCACCGGCUGCUCGUCCGAAGAAAUCAACUGGCGGAAUUCAGAUGUAGUACACGGCAAUUUUGCGGCGUCUUCUGCAGGGUUCCACAUUGAGGAGCUUUACGACGAGUCUUCUUCGGUCCCCGCGAUUGGCCAAGUUGAUAUGGCCGACUCGAACGGCCACGGGCAGUCGUCGCCUCUGAGUCUUGUAAUGCAACGCAACAAUGCCAACCCUCUGAUCAGGCGCACGCCGAACGUUUCUUGGGCCAUGACGGGCGCUGAAUCUGAUAGCAGCGCAGCGGCAAUGACCGUGAAUCAUUGCUCAACCCUAGAUCCGCUCUUGAAUGUUGCGAGCUUUCAAGACAUAAGCCCGUCGCCGUGCCCGCCCCCUUACAAGCGCGCUAGACUCAGCUAUAACUCAGCUUCGGCGGUGGAGCCCAACAGCAGCAGCAUGCUCAGUAUUCCGCCCGCCAGCAACACCGCCGCGAGCACCACCGUCGGCACGAGCAGGCCCCUCGUCUCGUCGUCGGGCUCCUCGUUCGGCCACCAUCGCAACAUGGUGGCGGUGGGCAGCUCCGACUAUCCGAUGACCACAUUGAAUGUGGCCGAUGCUCUCUACCGAGAUCUCCACUUUCCCAACAGACAACAACUGUCCGCCAGCAGCCUCCAUCACCAGCAACCCAGCAGCUGCAUCAUUCAGGAAAUUUCCACCGGAGGCGCCGUAAGAUAUGUGUCUCGCAAGGACUCGGCCUUGGUGGAUCAUGAUAUGUCGAGGGCGACGUCGAACCGAAAGCAUAAUGCUACGUCGAUAGAGCCUCAGAGCGUGGCGGCUCGCCAUCGGCGUAAGAAGAUCAGCGAGAGGGUCAGGGUCUUGGAGAAGCUUAUUCCUGGAGGAAAUAAGAUGGACACGGCUUCGAUGCUGGAUGAAGCGAUUGAGUACGUGAAGUUCCUGCAGCUGCAGGUGGGUCUUCUUGAAAAAUUGGGCGAGUUGCCCGACGGCACUAACGUGAACAACCACGGGGGAAACAGAAGUCAGAUGCAGCAGGGCUCUACGUCAUCCUGUCUGAUAACGAAUGGAACCAGUGGAGGAGGAGCAGGAGUGAGUUCGUCCAACUAUCAUGGAUCAUCGAAUGUCUCCCGACCCACCCCGACAAUGCCCGCAAGACCGACGACUAGCCCACUGAUUCUGUCGGAAAUCUUACAACAACAGCUCUUCAAGCAGAAGCUCUGCCUUGUGUCCAUCAGGCAGUACCCUUCCGGAGGUUCGCCAUCGGGAUCAUACGCGUGACUCGAUAAUAGCUUUUCUUUUGUGUUACCCUACUGCAAGAAAAUUGAUUGAUAUGUUGUUCAGAGAUCCACUCACGUAAUUCAUAGCUAGUUAGCUCGGGAUAUGGAACCAUCGGACCGACUCUUGUGGUGGUUCGUCUCACUCUCAUGCUAUUCUCCUUUUCACGAUGUCUGGAGGAGGAUUCGCAAUGUUCUGAGGAUAGUUUGUAAUAUACUGAUAGAAGAAUUAGAAGAAGCAAGCAAUUAUCUAGCUUUCGAAAGUGGCUCGUGUGAAUAGUAAGUUUGUCGGGAGACCUGGAGAUUCCUUUGAAAAUCCAGAGACUCAGCCAUUUUCAUGGCGCAAGCUCAUCCAAGACACCCGACAAAUUCACAUGAAGUAGAACAAGAAGUGUGGGCUCGGCUACGUGUAGUUUACUCUUGAUUAAUAUUUGAGACCUCGGUUCGAUGGUCUUCACAUGUAGCCGACGAUUCGAAAACUAUGUAUUGCAGAUCUGAGUUCAAACAGUUUUGACUCUUCCACUC